CUUGACAUUACAACAGUGUAGCUCGAUCUACAUUACAGUGUAGUAACGAUGUUUUGUUUACUUUACAAUUCCGGCAACACUCGCAAAGAAUAACGAAAUAGUUUAACUUUAACUUCUUUACUCAAAAACAAAAACUAAUAUUUACAUAAAGAUCAUUUUCUCUCUUCAUUCCUACCAUUCCCUUCAACGUGGUUUCAGUGGUGUACGGACAACAUUUAUCUCUUAUCAGCAAGUUUACCAAUUCUGUCAAUCGAUCUACGGAUCCGAAAAGCACCAAUCGGAUAAGGCUAUUUGCAUUCAGAGCAAUCGAACACGAUGAACCAUUCCACCGAAAUCAUACUGACCAUUGCCGGCAUUGUGCUGGUACACGGUUUAAUUUUCUACUUUCUCACCCGAAAGUCACGGCUGAUAAAGGGCAAACAUGUGGUCGUCACGGGCGGUUCCAGUGGGAUCGGUCUGUGGGCAGCAAUCGAAUGCGUUCGAUUAGGGGCCCACGUUACCAUCGUUGCACGCAAUGUGCCUCUGCUGGAAAAAGCGAAAGAAGAGCUGGAAAAGCGGCGGAUUCGUGACACGCAGCUGAUCCAGUUCCGUUCGUUGGAUCUCUCCAAGAGUUACGAUGCGGUAAAGAACACGCUGGAAGAGUUAGAACGAACGGUCGGACCGAUCUACAUGCUUAUCAACUGUGCCGGUAUGGCGAUUUGUGGUACGGUCGAGGAAACAUCGAUCGAGGACGCACGGAAACUGAUGGAUGUUAACUAUUUCGCUACCUACUACCCGACGCGCUACGUUUUGCCAAAGAUGAAGGAAGCUGGGGACGGUAUCAUCGUAAUUACCGCAUCCCAGGCAGCCUUGAUGGGAAUCUACGGUUACGGUGCGUAUGCCGCAUCAAAGUUUGCCCUCCGAGGGCUAGCGGAAACGAUCGCAAUGGAGGCUCGGCACCGUGGCGUUAGUGUGACGCUUGCCCUUCCGGCCGAUACCGAUACGCCCGGGUUUGAGGCGGAAAAUCGUUCCAAGCCGGAAGAAACGAAAAUCAUUUCCGGAUCGGGUGGUUUGGCCAAACCGGAGCAUGUCGGCAAGCGGAUCGUACAGGACGCACUGAAGGGUUCAUUUUUCUCCAUUAUGGGACUGGAAAGUUGGGUGUUGAGCAUUCUGUGCGUCGGUAUGGCACCGUGGCGUGGACCAUUGCUGAGCUUCGUACAGUUUUAUCUGUUGGGACCAUUGCGGUUGAUCGGGCUGGCGCUGCAGUGGAAUUUCCAGCGUAUUAUCAAGAACUGUGCCAAGCAGCGGCAACGUACAUGAAUGACCAACAUGUUUAGACCACAAACAUAGGCGUAGAAUGCGAUGGCGAUCAAACUAAAUGUAACGGAAUCCACCAAAAAACCGAUAGAAACACUUUGCAACAAUAUCCUCCACAUCCUUUAGGGACGUGUAAUUUGAUUCUUACCUUCAACACAAAACAUAUAAAGCCAGCAUGAUUGUGUAUUUAAAUAGAAUUCUUAUAGCACAAAUUUAAAAAAAUAUUGAUUUAUGUAAAGCAUCAUUUCUUGAAACAUUCGUAAUAAAACAAAAAAACAGUAUUGUA